AUGGCUCGUCUCGAUAUCCAACAGCACAAUAACAGCAACCGUUGGGGGGGAACCCAGUCGAGGGAAGUUGCAACCCGUGAACCCGAAGCUGUACUCGGCGAGGAGGACGCGCUAUGUGGCCAAGAGACUUGGAAGUGGGACGCCGAUCCAAACAACCCCUACAACUGGCCGACAAAAUGGAAGGUCCAACAGGUCCUGAUGAUUGCCUCGGCGGCAUUCACGACCUCACUUGGCGUGUCCAUAUUGUCACCAGCUCAUUCACAAUUUAUAGAAGAGUUUGGAGUCGGCAGCACGGUCGCAAUACUUCCUUUGUCGCUGUACGUGUUCGCGCUAGCGCUAGGACCGGUAGUGGGAGGACCGUUGUCUGAGACAUUUGGUAGGUAUCCAAUUUAUAUCGGGUCCGCGAUUCUUGGAAGUGCAUUCACACUCGGUGUUGGUCUCAGUAACACAUUUACUGCAGUCUGUGUUUUGCGGUUUUUCGCUGGCCUUUGCUUCGCGACUCCUUUGGCCAUCGCUGCUGGAACCAUCAACGAAACCUUCAGGCCCGCCUCUCGGGCUAUCCCAUCAACUAUAUUUAUCCUGACUCCUUUCCUGGGCCCCGGAAUUGGACCUGUCAUUGGUAGUUUCUUGGUCAAUCGAAAGGGCUGGCGCUGGACCCAGUGGACGAUGCUGCUUUUUGCCAUGUGUACCAUUAUCACAACAUUCAUUGCUCGAGAGACGUUCCAUCCAGUGAUCAAGUUCCGGCGCUCCAAGGAACUUGGCUUGUCUUUUCCCCGAGCACCGCUUUCUACAAAACUACGAGGUUUUGUCACUGUCUCGCUUCUGCGUCCAGUUCAGAUGGUUCUUACUGAACCCAUUGUUGCAUUAAUUUGCCUCUAUGUGGCGUGUGAAUUCGCAACGCUCUUUUCAUUCUUUGCUGCGUUUCCCCUUGUCUUUCAGGGCAUUUACGGGUUUGGGAUCGAGGCUUCUGGUCUUGUAUUUUUAUCCAUAGUUGUCGGAUGCUUUCUGGGUGCUAUCACUGUGUUGUUAUGCGACAUAUUUAUCUACCGUCGAAAGGCGGCAAGUUAUCAGGGAAGACGGGUUCCACCAGAACAUCGGCUCUACCCAUCAUUAAUUGGCAGUAUCGGGCUACCCAUCAGCCUGUUCUGGUUUGGCUGGACUUCACGCGCUGAUGUUUCGUGGGCGAGUCCGGUGACUGCCAUUGCGCUAUUCGGCUGGGGCAAUAUCUGUGUCUUUGUUAGUACAGCCCAGUAUAUUGUCGACACCUACCAUGGCUCGAUAGUGGCGAGCGCGAUGAGUGCAAACAGCCUAGCUAGGUAUGGCUUUGCAGCUGCGUUCCCCCUCUUCACAGUUCAGAUGUAUACGAAGCUUGGGAUUGCGUGGGCCUCGAGCGUACUCGGGUUUAUUGCUGUCCUGCUGUUGCCUGUUCCUUGGGUUUUCAUCAUAGGUGGUGAACGCUUGAGAGCGCUAAGCAGAUUUGACACGGUGGAAAUGCAAGAGUAA